UCCCAAUACACCAGCAGGGGAAACUUAUAACCCCGCCAGCCUGGACACUCCCUUCACUGCAGUUUUGGGCUUCAAGGCAACAGGCGUGCAAGACUGCCGGCUCCCUCCACACCAGACCCUUCUCCCUCCAGAGUUCUCGGCACUAGAGACACCUCUGCAGCAGAGCCAAGAUGUUGGUGCUACUGGCUGGUAUUUUUGUGAUCCACAUUGCCACGGUGGUCAUGCUGUUUGUCUCCACCAUUGCUAACGCCUGGAUGGUAAGCAGCAGAAACUCAUCAGGACUCUGGCAGGACUGUUUUGGAAAUGAUUGUGCAGAUGUCCACUUCCCAGAAGAUGAACUCCCUGCCCUCAAGACAGUCCAAGCUUUCAUGAUCCUGGCCAUCAUCUUCUCCUUCAUCUCCCUGGUCAUGUUCAUGGUGCAGCUCUUCACUAUGGAGAAAGGGAAACGCUUCUACAUCACUGGAGUCAUCCUGCUGAUUUGCUGGCUAUGCAUUACGAUCGCUACCUCCAUCUACACAGCCCGAUUCCCACAAUACUUUACCCAAUCAAGCCAGUAUCACCAUGGCUACUCUUUCAUACUGGCUUGGAUCUGCUUUUGCUUCAGCUUCAUCAUUGGUGUUCUGUACCUUGUGCUCAGAAAGAAAUGAGGGCUCUGAGGAUGAAAUGGGGUGGGAGGAUCGGAAAUAUCGGGGGGGGGGGCUUGUGGGAGGGAUGUGAAGUCAUUUUUGCUCUGAGAACGGUUUGCCAAAAGAAAUGAAUCAUACACUGCUCAGCUAACUUGCCCAAUCCCAGACAUGAAUCCACCAGAGAGAGAAAACCUGGUCUGGGCCCUCCAUGUGUAAUGGAUAAACGGGACCAUGAAGAUGCUUGAAGAACCACCAAAAUAGCCAGGAGCUGUCUUCUUGCUCUCAAAAUGACUUGCACAAUUCCAUUGUAAAGAAUCUUAAAUUUUCUGCCUCUCCGAUGACAGGCAAACUACUUGAGAUACAAGCUCUUCAGCUUUCUUCCCUAAACCUUCAGCAGCUGCCAUGCAUUCCCCCCAUGCUCUCUGUGAGCUAGUCCCACUCAUUGUGGGAGGUGUCAAAUUUCGUGCCCACUAAAAUGAUGGUACAGAAUCCCCUAGCUACAUGUAAGUGGAAGCAACCUGACUGUAGUGAGACCGAAUCCCAGUAUUACAUUUUCUAUUUCCACCACCUCCACGUUGCAUUCUUAAGAAGGAAACGAGACUACUGGUGCUGAAGAGAUUAGAAGAAAAACUAAUAAGAGGGGAUGAAAGAAAGACGAAUGUGGGUGGUGGAGGGGAGGCCAGGGAGGGGUAGAAACAGACGGGCAAACAGUCCUACAGGAUGGGGUUCUUAAUGCUGGAAAGAGGAUCAUUAGCAUGGGACUUCCAUUACAGUUCACAAUAUGUCCCUGCAGCCUGAAGACCUCCCAAUGUCCCACUGAUGCCACUGAACUGUGAGGUCUGUCCGUGAUACACAUAGUCUACAAUCAAUGAGAUGGGAAGGGCCCCUUCUAGUCCUGUCACUGUGACACUCUCCUGUCAUUGUUGAUACCUAAAAAAGGGGGAGGUGUGCUUCUGUCCAGAGGAUAAGGUUGCUACUCAUGGAUCUUGCACUGAAACUAUGAUCUGUCCUGGGUGGAGGAGGGGCCUUAGUAUUGCAGAAUAAUUCUCCCCCAUAGGUUAGAACUGGCCACCCGAACCAGGGUUCCCUGUAACUAUUCCUUUCGGGGAAGGACCUUCACGGUGUUGCAUCAAUCUUCAAUUUUCCCCUGUACUGUCAGUGCACACAAUGUGACCCUCCAGAGGGGUGAGAAGAAGGUCAGCUCAUUACAUUUGGCAAACAGAGAUCCAAGCAGGAAAUGGCUGCACGGGAACAGAAAGGAUUUAUUACAGUGUCAUAUUGACUGUCUGCAUCAGGAUGUUCAGGCCGGGUACUCCUGCCAGUUAGAUCCGUCUUGGUAGCGAGUGGUGAGAAGUUGGUUGACCCUCCCUCCACUUCAUCCCACUCAGUCUUGUGUGAGGGGGUGACAAAAAAGGCUAGCUUUAAAUGUGAGGCAGGCGAAGCAAAGAAAGAGCUCCCCUGUACAACUUGGCACGACUUCGCAGCCUGAUUUGCUGCAACCUGUGCAAAACUACUGCGUGUACUUAUUUUGCAAGCCAGAAAUCUGUAGCCCUUGUGGAUCCUGUGCCAGAAUGCAAACUUUACCCAUGUAGCCAGUGCAGUGCACGUGUAAAAGCCCCCUGGGGGAGCUCUUUUGCCUCACCAGCAUCACAUUCAAGUCUGGCCUAAUUCAAGGCUGCAGGCUUAGUAUAAACAGUAUUUCCCUUCUCUCGUUGUUAUAUUCUUUUUACAUGUAAGCUUUUUGGAAUUUGGUGGAUAUGUUCUAGUAUUGUACUUGCCAUUUCUCCAUGUGCAGUCAUUGUAAAUAUUUUGAUACAGAUAUCCUGACUGUAGGGAUAUUAAAAACCCAAUAAAUUCCAUUUCCC